AUGGGUCGGAAAGUCACAGUAGCGACUUGUUCUCUUAAUCAGUGGGCUUUAGAUUUCGACGCUCAAGUCAAUAUUAACAAACAUUGUUUUUAUACAGGUAUAGAAAUAGCCAAAUCUAAAGGAGCCAAGUACAGACUGGGACCAGAACUGGAAAUCUGUGGGUAUGGAUGUGCAGAUCACUUCUACGAAUCGGACACACUUCUGCACUGCUUCCAAGUGCUCAAGCAGCUGCUGGAGGCACCAGAGACCCAGGACAUUAUCUGCGAUGUCGGCAUGCCCGUUAUGCAUCACAAUGUUCGCUAUAACUGCAGAGUCCUGUUCCUGAACAAAAAGAUAUUACUGAUCAGACCCAAAAUGCUUUUGGCCAAUUAUGGCAACAACAGGGAAUUUCGUUGGUUUUCUCCUUGGAGUCAACCCAGACACACUGAGGAGUACUUUUUGCCCAGAAUGAUUCAGGAUGUGACUGGACAGGUGACAGUACCGUUUGGGGAUGCAGUUCUCUCAACUGUGGACACAUGUAUAGGAAGUGAGAUCUGUGCUGAGCUGUGGAACCCCAGGAGCCCUCAUGUUGACAUGGGUUUGGACGGUGUCGAGAUUUUUACAAAUUCCUCUGCCAGCUACCACGAGCUACGCAAGGCUGACCACAGGGUCAACUUAGUGAAGUCAGCCACCACAAAGAGUGGAGGGAUCUAUCUGUUUGCUAAUCAGAAAGGUUGUGACGGAGAUCGACUGUACUAUGACGGGUGCUCUAUGAUCGCCAUCAAUGGAGACAUUGUAGCCCAAGGAGCCCAGUUCUCUCUUGAUGACGUGGAGGUCCUUACAGCCACUCUUGAUCUAGAGGAUGUGCGCAGCUACCGAGGAGAAAGAUGUCACCCGCACAUGGAGUAUGAACACAAACCUUAUCAGAGAAUUAAGGUCGAUUUCUCAUUGUCGGACUGCAACAACGUCUUCUUACCCACACAUCAGCCGGUCGACUGGGUCUUUCACACUCCCGAGGAGGAGAUUAGUCUUGGUCCAGCCUGCUGGUUGUGGGACUAUUUAACUCGGAGUGGUCAGGCUGGUUUCCUGCUUCCUCUCAGUGGGGGGGUAGACAGCGCCUCAUCUGCCUGCAUCGUCUACUCCAUGUGCACACUGGUGUGCCAGGCGAUAAAAGAUGGCAAUGUUCAAGUGUUGAAGGAUGUUCAACGGGUGGUGAGUGACCCAUCAUACAGGCCUGAAGACCCACGGGAGCUCUGUGGACGCCUCUUUACCACCUGCUAUAUGGCCAGUGAAAACUCCUCUGAGGGUACCCGUGACCGAGCUAAAGACCUGGCAGCCCAGAUCGGCAGUAAUCAUCUUAACAUCAACAUUGACAUGGCAGUGAAAGGCAUUCUGGGAAUUUUCUCUGUGGUGAUGGGAAAGUGGCCCAAGUUUCGUGCAAAUGGAGGGUGCAACAGGGAAAACCUGGCUCUGCAGAAUGUGCAGGCUCGAGUCAGGAUGGUUUUGGCCUACCUUUUUGCUCAGCUCUGUCUGUGGGCUAAUGGGAAACCUGGUGGACUUCUGGUACUUGGUUCAGCAAAUGUGGAUGAAAGUUUGACUGGCUAUUUUACUAAGUAUGACUGCUCCAGUGCUGAUAUUAACCCUAUCGGAGGAGUCAGUAAGAUGGACCUGAAGCGCUUCCUGCUUUACUGUGCAGAACACUUUCAUCUUACCGCUCUUAAGAGCAUCAUGGCUGCUCCUCCCACUGCAGAACUCGAGCCACUGACUGACGGCCAGGUGUCUCAGACUGACGAGGCCGAUAUGGGAAUGACCUACUCAGAGCUGUCUGUGAUCGGCAAGCUUAGGAAGCUCUCCAAGUGCGGCCCGUACAGCAUGUUCUGCAAGCUCAUUCACUCAUGGAAGGAGAGCUUCUCCCCUUCACAGGUGGCUGUGAAAGUGAAGCACUUCUUCAGGAUGUACUCGGUCAACAGGCACAAGAUGACCACAGUGACACCGUCUUACCAUGCUGAGAGCUACGGUCCGGAUGAUAACCGGUUUGACCUCCGUCCUUUUCUCUACAACACACGCUGGUCCUGGCAGUUCCGUUGCAUCGACCAUGAGGUUUCUCUAAUGGAGGGUGAUUCUACAGACACUAUCUAAUGGCAUUGUCUACUUGGUCAUUUUGGCAUAUACCAAUACUUAUGGCAAAUAUCCUGUACAGUGUAGUAGCUUUUAUUUCUUUGUGCUGAAUUUAUCAGUAUGUAUUACUGUAGUCUGCAUGUACUUCAUAUUUUUAAGAUACCAAAAAAUUAAUAAAUAAACAGGAAGUGUCUGGAAUUUCUUAA